GCGUAGGAAUUGUCGAAGUAAAUCAAAUAAUAAAGCCAGACUUGCCAAGAUGGACACCGCCCCCUGAGAAUCUCCGAUUUGCAGAACCAGUGAUCCCAGAGAAAUUGCCAGACUGGAACACUGAGCCAGCCUUCACUCACAGUAGUAAUGUUCGUUUGUUUGAAGGGGUCAAACAAGCUUGCCUGGUUGCCAAUGCUCAACAUUUUCAAGGGUUCCCGCCAUCUGUAGAGAGUCUGAUCGGAGCUGUCGAUAUCCAGGACAAGAAUCUGAUGCUGCAGCGAGCAAUCAUGCAGUCACAAGUAUGGAACACAGACGAGUCAGUGCUGCCUAAACGGUUUGAUCCUAGGAAACCUCGCUGGUUCUGGGGAAGACGUUUGGGAAUAUCUAGCCUCAGAUCCUCGCAGAUUCUGAUGCAAAACCUGCUCAGGUUAAGUAAAUCAGAGAUCAAGGAGUACCCAUCUUUGAGAAGCCGGCAUCAGGUUGCUGAUUGUCUUCUGCAUUCUUAUGUGAACUACCAGGGGAAACCGGUGGUCAUGAAGGAAAACUUAGACUUGCUGUUGACGUCUGACCAGAUGUUACCUUCAUUUGCCGGACAGGAUGUUGUGGAUGCCAGUAUUUCCUAUCAGGUUCCUGACAUGUGGCCAGUCCUCCCAACUGUAGACUUUCUAGAAAGUAACCAUUAUGGGUUGAAGAGUCACGCAGGUGUGACCACUUCUGACAUAUUGGCCUGCCCACACACGAUUGUUCAGUUUCCCAGGAAGUAUCACUGGGAGGACAAGCACUACUCUGCAUCACAAGUCAUGACCUGCUUGAUGUUCACAGCCGCCCUGGCACGACAACGAUAUGGGGAUGAUGUCAAGGUCCUUCCUGAACCAAUCAACAUCCAGCAUGUGUUACUGGAGCAGGAUCAUUUUCUGUUCACAUUUUUCCAGUUAAAUACUCUGGACCUCAAUAAUGCCACUGGAGUCAAGAACUUGGUCUGGACUACAGAUAGAUCACAUCUGUUUGAGAAGAUCCUAGGUCAGCCAUGGAUGCCAAGGCCAAUUAAGCGUGACAGAUAUGAGUCCUUUAACCCGUCAUCAUUUGAUGAGUUUCUAGCUGUUUAUUUUAAUGGUGUACCUGAGAUUUCUGAAAACAGGCACCGGGCAGUGGAGGGUUAA